UUACUCUAAUAGAUGUGUCCGCUGCAGCUGGCACUACCAUUCCGCAUGCAACCAGCCCCAUCCGAGGGGUUCGAUCAGCAACUGGUUCUGCAAGCGCUGCCUUGCCGACCAGGGCCCGGUGAAGCGUCGCUACUACCAUGACAACCCGCUGUUGUCGUCGCGGGCCGUCUCUCCCAGCUCCGCAGUUUCGGGUCUCCAAGACUCACGACUCUUCAGCAUGGCUCCAUUUGCAACCACGUAUCCUCCUGUUAUUGAUCCCGCAAAUUUUUUUGCAAGCCACCGCAGCGAUUCGGCCGGCUUCAUCACUAACUGCUCCGUUUCUGGAUGCCCUGCCAAGAUCGACGGUAAACGCCAGGUGCUCUGUGAGCUACACAUGCACCAACCCUUCGCCAAAACAGACUCGGUCCAGGACACCCCCAAAACAAAUGGCACACACGCGGCACCAGCCUCUAGGGCGACCACCAACUCGCCUCAUCCUAUCCCGUCUUCGAACGCGAGGAAGCUGCUGCCAGAGGCCGACAAGGACCGGCCCAUCAUGAGGCGUAAAACUGCUGGCAACCUGCCCCAGUUCAUCGCCCAGCAACCAACUCCCAAGCACAGCACUCCGUCCUCCCGCGGCAAGUUGAGCACGUCGCCGCCUUCAUCUCAGCCGCUGGCCCUUCGUCCUUCUGUGCACUCGCCGCCUGCCAGUCCUGUUCCUUCGCGGGAUGCGGAGCCCGCGAAGAAGCGACUGAGACUGUCGCCGUCUGCAACGCACUCCCCGCAGACUGGGAUAGAGGCGGCAGUGGGGACCCGGCCGUCGACUGCAGAUUCUGACCGGGGGGCCAAGCAGAGCGCGCUCACGGGUCCACAGCUCGGUCGGCGCCCCUCGACUUAUUCACCGCAUGGGCCAAGUAAAGCCCCGGAGGGGGAGGGCAAACCUAGCUCGAAGCCAAGUAUGAGGCACCCCGUGAGGAAGGUGCCCCUGGAGUUGUCGAAUCUGCGGUUCAUUGACGAACCAGAAGACCCCGUCCCGGACGUGCUCUUGGAGCAGCCGGGCUUCUGGGUCAACGGACUCGCCGGGGAUGUUGCACGAGAACCUUGUGGCGAAGCAGCAUCGACCUUUGAUGGGGACGGAACAGACCGCUGGACGGGAGAAACGCGCAAUCCGGUGCAGUCCAUGUACGCGGCGCACGCCGAGCUCCCACCCUCACCGCGUCAACGGCAGAGGACAUCAGAGCUUCUUAACGGGAACAAAGAGAAAGUACCCCCUCAUACCAGCAGGAGAUCAGGCACUAGGGCUACCCCUGGGCCACUCCAAGCAACCGGCAGCGCCAUUGCCAGGGAGCAAAAACCACCCGCUCAGACCGAACAAUCUCUCCUUCGGCCACCACCGAUCUCAAAGGCCCAUCUACCUUUACUGCCAAAGCCGAAGGAGGUUGACAUCAGCCGCUUCGACGCCCUCGUCUACUCCCAACCAGGGGCCUCCACGCCGCCGCCAGGCGUAGAUCUUGCCCUGGACACCAAUCCCCGUCCGGCCCCGCAGCAGGAGCCAGCGGGUGCUGCCCCAAAGGAACCGCAAGCAGCGUCCCAGCCACCGAAGCCCGAAGCCGACGAGCCCCUCUACCUAGACGUCGACCCGCGCAUCCACUGGCCGCAGCCGCACUCGGCGGCUUGGCACGCCGCCAAACAGAAGGAGAUCGCGGCGCGCGGGCGGCGCAAGGACAACUUCGGGUGCGCCGCCCAGUCGCUCCGGAAGCAGCGGCGGGAGCGCGAGAAGCGUGCCGGCGCCGCGGCCCUGUUCGAGGAUGCCCUGCCGGAGAAGGUGCUGGAGAAUCCGGCGUGGGUGCGGGCGCUGCGCCGGUUGAAGGGCCUUGCUCCGCAUCCUCCUGCUUCUUCUUCCUCUUCUUCUUUUCUGGGCUUGGCUCAGGAGGAGGGAGGGUUUGUGGCUAAUGGUACUGCCGGCGGCGGUGGUUACGGUGGUGGUGCUAAUGGUGCUCUGCCGAGGAAGGGCAGGAAGCCCGCCGGCGGCGCCGGCGGCAGCGGCGGCGGGCUUGUGGCUAGGAAGACGGGGCCCGGAAUGGUGGUUGUUGCCGGGCUGAGCCGGUCGGUGUUGGCCCACUGGGCCGACGUGUAAUGAAGCCCCCUGGCCGGCCUACUAUAUACGACUCAUGUUACAGGGACGGGAGUAAUUUGGGAUUGUGUAUGUAGCUGUAUACUGCUUUGUCGG